UAGUUCGAGGCGGUCCCGCGAUGCUUUCCCCGCCGAAGUGAGGUGAGCGACUACAACUCCCAGAGGGUAUCGCGGCCGCAGCAGCGGGCAGCUGAGUUCCCGGCGCGACCCCGGUCCUCCGGCGGAAGCGGGAGCCUCAGUCGGCCGCGGAAGCCUGGAGUGGGCGGUACGCAGACGCGCGCGGUGAGACCCGCUGUGGGCGCCGCGGACCCUGCCCGUCCCCACCUCCCCGUGCGUCCGGCCGCCAUGAAGGACUCGCUGGUGCUGCUGGGCCGUGUCCCGGCGCACCCGGACUCCCGCUGCUGGUUCCUGGCUUGGAACCCCGCGGGGACCCUGCUGGCCUCGUGCGGCGGCGACCGGAGAAUCCGCAUCUGGGGCACGGAGGGUGACAGCUGGAUCUGCAAGUCUGUCCUUUCUGAAGGCCACCAGCGCACCGUGCGGAAGGUGGCCUGGUCCCCCUGCGGUAAUUACCUGGCCUCUGCCAGCUUUGAUGCUACCACUUGCAUUUGGAAGAAGAACCAGGAUGACUUUGAGUGUGUAACCACUCUCGAGGGCCAUGAAAAUGAGGUCAAGUCAGUGGCUUGGGCCCCAUCUGGCAACCUCCUGGCCACUUGCAGCCGAGAUAAGAGUGUUUGGGUCUGGGAAGUUGAUGAAGAGGAUGAGUAUGAAUGUGUCAGUGUUCUCAACUCCCACACACAGGAUGUCAAGCAUGUGGUGUGGCACCCAAGUCAGGAGCUCUUAGCCUUCUGCCAGCUACGAUGCACAGUGAAGCUGUACCGGGAGGAAGAGAUGACUGGGUAUGCUGUGCCAGCCUUGAAGGGCCAUGAACCGACUGUGUGGAGCUUGGCCUUUGACCCGAUGGCCAGCGCCUGGCGUCUUGUAGUGAUGACCGGCAACUGUGCGCAUCUGGCAUCAAGUACUGAACAAUCAGGAAAGCUUUGUGGAACUGGGCUGCUUCAUUGCAGCGGCUCUGACCCCAGUUGGAAAUGUAUCUGUACUUUGUCGGGCUUCCACUCAAGGACCAUUUAUGACAUUGCUUGGUGUCAGCUGACAGGGGCUCUGGCUACAGCUUGUGGGGACGACGCAAUCCGCGUGUUUCAGGAGGAUCCCAACUCGGAUCCACAACAGCCCACCUUCUCCCUGACAGCCCACUUGCAUCAGGCCCAUUCCCAGGAUGUCAACUGUGUGGCCUGGAACCCCAAGGAGCCAGGGCUGCUGGCCUCCUGCAGUGAUGAUGGGGAGGUGGCCUUCUGGAAGUACCAGCGGCCUGAAGGCCUCUGAGCUACCUUGACUUCGGACAGAGUAAUGACUCCCCAGAAAACGCCGUAAGACUUUCCCGGCCCCUGAGAGGACCAGGAGGAGCAUCCGUGACCUUCAUUUAACUUGGCUCACUUCUCUUCAGACUUGGGUAGAAGUACGGAGCCACAGAAUUGCUCUCCUUCCCCUCCUUUGACGUGAGGCCUUCAGUAAAGAGCUACAGAACAUCAGUACCUUGUUAUACCACAGAUUUUUCUUGCAUUAGGGCACAGUGUUAAAUUUUUUGGAGGUAAAUAUACUAUUUAUAAUCAUUAUAUAUAGUAGGAGGGGGUGUGUGUCUCAGGCCUUUCUGAAGUUGUAAGACUUAAAUAAUCCAUCUGCAUCCCAAGUCCUAUUUUAUAAGGAUAUUCAUAAAAGAAUUCCAUGGUGAA